GGAAGGCGGCUGCAUCUCCGGACACGGGCCGGCCAGCGCCUCUCAGCUUCCCCCGGGGGCUCCAGGCACGGCCCCGCGCAGCUGCCGGGGCCCUGGGGGCUGACGCGCGGGGCGCGGGCCCCUGCACCCGCGGAAGAGGGAGAUGCAGAGCCCCGGUCCCGGCUGCACAGCCCGAGCCCCUGCUCGGGCUUUUCUCGUGUCUGGGGCCGGGCCGCGCUGCCUGCAGGGGCCUCGGGUGCCGCUGGGCAGACAAGGGGCUCUGACGUUUCCUUGCAGGAGCCGCCGUGACUCGGGACAAGAAGAUUUCCUGCCCGGCCUCCCGUCGGCAAGAAACCAGAGUCCCCUCAGGGGCGCGCAGCGGGGGGCAUGUAUAAACACACAUGUAUCUGUAGAUAUGUGUAUAGAGAUAUGCACACACGCCCGCACAUGCACAGAUGGAUGCACCUAGAUACUUGCACCUGUGUACAAACAUCUGUAUGCACAUACACAGAAAUGCACACAUAUGCAUGCACACAUGCACAUAUAUAGAUGCACAUAGCUAUUCACACACGUGCACACGCAGGCAGGCAUACACCUAGAUGCACCCUCAUUUGCGCGCACACACAUGCAAAUGCAGGCAUACACAUAUAUCCACACAUACAUGCAGUUAUAAUAGCUCUUCGUACAGAUGCACCCAUACACAUAUACACACACAUGCAGAUAUACAUGCACGCAUACGCAGAGAUACCCACAGAUGUAUGCACACACAGACCCAUAGAUUGUAAGGCUGGAAGGGACCUCGGAAGAUCAUCGACUCCAGCCCCCCUGCACCAUGUACACAGGUACACAACCAUAUAUGCAUGCAUACCUGCACGCACAUAUACACACAUAUAUGCACGCAAAUGCGUUUUUAAGGCCAAAAGCAAAGGAAACACCCGCGAUCCUUCCCUUCAACCUCGAGGGGAGGCAGGAGGAGAGGAGGGAGGGGGCGGGAGAGGUAGAAGCACCCCCCCCCCCCCCCCGGCGAGCUCCAGCUGGGGGGUUAUUUCUUGUUCCCCACUGGACACAAGGCUCGGAGAGCGCGGGGCUCGUUCCCUGCGGUGCAGCGGGGGGCACAUGAGCCUUGUUUCGGACGGGCAGGGGGAGGCCGCCGCGGCUGGACGGGGCCAAGCCCCGCGCCCCACCCCCGCUGAGCUCGGGCAGCCGGGCCUGCAUCGCGCCGAGUGGAAACUUUCCACCGCCGGCGGGUCGGGUGGAGGCAGAGGGGCUCCUAGGCUCGCCCCUGCGGAAGCGAAGAGGCGACUUGUUGAGACCGCUCCCAGCCGGAUAGUGAAUGGGGGGACCCGACCGGGCGCCCCCUGUCCCAGCCCGGCAUCCCAUCGCUUCCCCUCCUCGCCCGCCGCCUGCAGGCAGGGGGAGCUCGCCCGGCACCACAGCCCGGGCUCUGCAGCAAGGCGUGGGAUGAUCUGCAUCCUGUUCGUGCGAUCAUUUCCACCCUUGCACCAUCAAUAAUCGUACAAACGUUCAAAACGGCAGACAAGGUUUGGGGAAAUCUGCUGUCUUUUAAAUAGACCGACUCCAAUAGCUGAGAAAACUCUUCUAAGCAAGCUGUAGGGUUUAAAUACACCUGGAUCAGGCUGAGGAAGCACCUGCAGUUGGUGUGCGCUCUUCUUGGGUGGAAUGAAUAAAAUGUACCAUAAUUUUGGAGGGUCAAAGUUUUGUAGCCUCUCCCCUUAAAGUUUUGAAGCCUCUUGCCAUAAAGUUUCAUAGCCUCUUGCCUUAAAAAAUGCUCCCCUCAACAUGUAUGCUCCACAUGGGUACCGCAUUUUUGAGGGAUGCUACCAGAUGCGCCCCUGAAACAUGGAAGAUGCCAAAUUUGAAGCCGGUUUUGGAUAUAAAUUUCAUUGCUGAAGGACAAGGAAAAUUUCUACACCUCCCUGCUUUUCUGCCAUCUGACACCACCAGGGAAGGAGUUCUGCUUGAUCUGCACAUUAAAGGGCUACUCACAGACACUCUCAUGGACCCAGAGGAACAGGCUUCCACCUUCAGCUUCCUCUGUGCUAAAACAAAGUCUUUUCUACCUAUGGGGACUUUUUACCAUCUUUAAUUUUCCCUGAGCUUGAGGAAGGGUGUGUGCGCCUGAAAGCUUGCAGAAAAAGAUAGGUUUUUUGCAAUUUCUUAGCUGGUCUAAUAAAGGCAUCAUCUCUGAACCAAGAAUUCUGGAGUUUUGCAUUUUAUAAUUUUCAAGGCAUGUAAUUGGUGCAACAUGUGCCUAACCUAAGUCACUCUCAGGGAGUCUUAACUAACUUUUGGGCUUGCUGUCAGCACUUUUUUAUGACUGCCUGCCUCAAAAUAAAGAAGUGCUUCAACAUUGAUGA